GAUUUGUUUAUUUCGGAGAGUUAAAUUUUUAUCAUCUGAAAAAAUGAAGAACAGAUUAUCCGUCAAGCCAUGGAUUCUCGGACUGGCCGUCGUCGGUUUAAUCGCCGGAUCACUGUUGAUUUCCGGUUACAUUGGAUUCGUUGACAGUAACUUAUUCUGCUCCAUCUCUACCGCUGGACCACCGGCAAUAACCGGAUAUUCACCGGCGGAGAUCCAGCUCCAAUCAAUAAUCCACUACGCGACGGCGAAGAUAGUUCCGCAGCAAUCGCUAGACGAGAUCCAUAUCUCAUUUGAUGUAUUGAAGGUCCGAUGUCCCUGCAACUUUCUGAUAUUCGGCCUCGGUCACGAUUCGUUGAUGUGGGCGUCGCUCAACCCUCACGGAACCACCGUGUUUCUCGAGGAAGAUCCAAAAUGGAUUCAGACGGUUAUCAAAGACGCUCCGAUGCUUCGAGCUUACCACGUACAGUACAGAACGCAGCUUCAGGAAGCAGAUCAGCUGCUGUCGACGUAUCGAUCGGAGCCGUCCUGUUCGCCGACUAAGGCGUUUCUUAAAGACAAUAAAAAAUGUAAGUUAGCGCUUCAUAAUCUUCCAGAAGAGAUUUACGAGAAGGAAUGGGACCUCAUAAUGAUCGACGCGCCGAGAGGAUAUUUCGCGGAGGCUCCUGGUCGGAUGGCGGCGAUAUUCUCCGCCGCCGUGAUGGCGAGAAACAGGAAAGGAUCCGGCGUCACCGACGUGUUUUUGCACGAUGUUGACCGGAAAGUGGAGAGGACAUUCGCGCAAGAGUUUUUGUGUAAGAACAAGUAUUACGUUAAUGGAGUAGGAAGGCUAUGGCACUUCAAGAUUCCUCCGGCGGCCAACAUGAGCAAAACCGACCGGACUUCCGAUCGAUAUUGUUAGAUCAGAAGGGGUUCGUCGCCGGAGAUUUGCUGUUUCUGAAAUUACUUAGUCUAAAGAUAGUCAUCGGUGUAGUGACCGGCGGUGAGGGAACAUUUUCGUGGACAUCAAUAAAAAAAACCCGCCGGAGUCGGAUCUGAGCGGGCAGAUAGAAUGGUAUGGACAAUUCAGCCGACCACUUCGGCUGUGUUUUCGGAGAAGAAGGUGAAAAGUAGAAGAUUUCAAUCUCUUAAUUGACUUUUUUGCUUUGUUUUUUCCAUAUUCUGUAAUUUGUUUUCUUCAUGUCGUGCCCACUUUCCUACCACGUCGUGUAUGAUCAUAAAAUCAUAUUUUCAGUUAAAUUUCCAUUUUCAGCUUCAAUUA